CAUGGCCCGCGUCUUCUCCUCGUCUUCCUCUCUCUCGAGUCUCGAAGAAGACACACACUAUUCUCUCUUCUUCUUACCACCCUCUCCCGGAUAAGAGGCGCAACCAAAGCCCCCACCCUCGCCCAAAACCCCCACGAGCCGCGGCCAUGGCGACCACCACCACCACCCCCUCCUCCUCUCUCACCGCCCCUCUCCUCCGCCCGAGCUCGAACGCGAACCCCGCCCCGAGAUCUCUGCCGCUCCUCAGGAGCCGGAGGUGCGCUCGGGCCGUGGCGACCGCCGCCGCCGCCGCUGGCCACGGGGCCGCUCAUCAGAGGAGCGGGAUUUGGUCGAUCAGGGAUGAUUUGGUGGUGCCGAGGUCGCCCUACUUCCCUGUGGAGUAUGCGUCGGGGCAGGAACGCGGGCCAUCGCCCAUGGUGAUGGAGCGGUUCCAGAGCGUCGUCAGCCAGCUCUUCCAGCACAGGAUUAUCCGGUGUGGUGGACCCGUGGAGGAUGAUAUGGCGAACAUCAUCGUUGCCCAGCUGCUAUAUCUCGAUGCCAUCGAUCCUAACAAGGAUAUCAUUAUGUAUGUGAAUUCUCCUGGAGGAUCAGUGACAGCUGGGAUGGCCAUAUUCGACACGAUGAAGCAUAUCAGACCUGAUGUUUCCACAGUUUGUAUUGGACUUGCUGCAAGUAUGGGAGCUUUUCUGCUUAGUGCUGGGACAAAAGGGAAGCGAUACAGCUUACCUAACUCAAGAAUAAUGAUCCAUCAACCUCUCGGAGGAGCCCAAGGACAAGAGACUGAUCUUGAGAUCCAGGCUAAUGAGAUGCUGCAUCACAAGGCUAACCUGAAUGGAUACCUAGCAUACCACACUGGGCAGCCCCUAGAUAAGAUCAACGUAGAUACUGACCGUGAUUACUUCAUGAGCGCGAAGGAGGCAAAGGAGUAUGGUCUAAUUGAUGGAGUUAUCAUGAAUCCCCUUAAAGCCCUUCAACCGCUUCCUGCUUCUAGUUAGCCAUGGAGUGCUCAAUCUCCACGGAGCAUUUUUUGGUUAUCUUUUAGAACUGUUAUUGCAUCCACUGUUUUUAUUAGCUUGGCAAGAUAGUUUUGCGAUUCCACAAGCAACCACAUCCUGAGGCUUCAAAGUUUGUACAAUACAGAUGUACUACUAGGAGGAUAUCUUCUGCGAUGAAUAUUGCAACUUAUUUGAUGUACUAUUAGGAGGAUAUCUUCUGCGAUGAAUAUUGCAACUUAUUUGAUACUC